UACUGUCGGAAGUUACUAGCAAUUUGCUAUGAAAAAAAAAUCUAUCCAUCCAUUUCACGUUCACAGUUUUAAUUCAUAUCCGUAUUCUAUACCUUCGCCUUUUCGUACCCCAAAAACUUCGAUUCAAAAAAAUGACGAACUUCCGUCAAAUUAUUCGCUGUUUUACGUACAAAGUCACUAGUCCUUUUAUUUGAAAUUGUCUUUUUCUCAUAUACGGAAAUAUAUAAGAUACAUAGGAUGGGAAGUGGAUCGUGUGCGGUGUAUAUAUAUAUCAUAUGAACACAUGUUCUCGUAUGUACCAGCCGGUACGGCUCUCGUUGACAGUGAUACAAUUUUCGUGAAAUACUUUAGCCCCAAAAGCGAGUCCUUUUAUUUGGACCGUCUAUAUCUGUAUCGAGCACCGAAAAAUACGUUGCUACGUAUACUAAAAAUACAUAGAUAUAUAGACUCGAAUGUCACAUGAUCUCAUUUCUGUCAUGUCGAUCCUCGGGACAAACAGGGAAGGGUCGCGCGCGAUAGCGCGCAGUGACAAACAAACAAGAGGAAACUCGAAUGACGUAUAACUCUGCUCUCUAUCAAAAUCCGUAUCACUCGGUACGCUUAUUGAUAUUCCUAAUAAUUCGAUGAAACGUGCACAAGCCCUACCGGAAAGAAUAUUCAAUAUUUCUCAGUGUUGUCAGCCAUAUUGUGUGCGUGUGUUAGGUGUUUAUUUUUUUUUCACAUUUUGUUUGUUAUGUGAUGCCAAUAAGUAGUAAUACAAAGUCGCAGGGAAAAAAAUUGGUAUUCAAUGUGAGAGGCAAGUCAGCAACCGUGCACUGCGAACCCGAUCAAGAGGACAAUAAAUUUUUCACGAUUGCACCGGCAUUGCCUGUUCUACCAGGUGCCCCGGUGCCUUCAAAGCUCACCAAGAGAUCUUACAAUUCUUCCAACUCGUCAGGCUCGACGUUCAACUUCGAGGAUGCCGAGGUCGGUGGGUGCGACGUCGUCGCACUGCAACAAGCUGGAGAAGGUCGAACAGUGGUGGCGACGAGAACUAGCGCAGAGCGGGAAAAGAACCCCGACAGAAUAUGCCUGGACAGGCGAGGCUUAACCUGCUUUCCCGAAAUAAUAAGCGAGCCGAAGUUGAGGUUAAUGUCACUCCAGCACAAUCUCAUAUCGAAAAUCGAAGGCGAUCACUUUGCUCAAUUAACGAAACUAGUUUUUCUGGAUUUGUACGAUAACCAAAUAGAAAAAAUAUGCGAUCUUGGCACGUUGGAGAAUCUUAGAGUUUUGCUAGUAGGCAAAAAUAGAAUAAAGAAAAUCGAAGGUCUCAAACCGCUCGUCAAACUCGAAGUACUCGAUCUGCACGGCAAUCAAAUCGUCCAAAUAUCCGGUUUGGAACAACUCGAAUCUCUGAAAGUUCUCAAUCUCGCUGGUAACAACGUCAAAAACGUUGGAUUCAACGAUUUCCAGGGCUUAACCUCUCUCAGAGAACUCAACUUGAAACGAAACAAGAUCAAAAAGUUGUUGGGCUUCGGCGAAACUCCUCAGCUUCAGAAACUCUAUCUCAGCAACAACGAUAUACAAAAGAUCGAAGACAUGGGAAGUUUGGCAAAAGCGCUUCAAAUAAGGGAAGUUUCGAUAGACGGCAAUCCCGUGACAUUGAACGCGGACUGCGUGUCUUUUCUCGUGUCGUAUUUACCGAAUUUGCAAGUACUUUCGACGAUGCAAGUUAACGAACAGGUUAGACGCGCAGCGAUGGCGUGGAGGACUACGAAGGAGCAAUCGAACUCGGCGUUUUUGGAUCUAAGUGCCCAAGUCUGUGUGAACGUGCGUCGAGAAGAGGUUAUAACGAACGCGAAAACGAAUUGGGAGCUUUUGAGGUCUCAGACUAAAUGUUUUUCGGGCAACGGGCAUAAAACUAGCAACAUCAAGAGCGAGCGUUUGCGGGGUUUACAUUUGCAGAAUACGAGCAAAUUCGACACGGUUAAACUGGUGAAGGGAUUGAACGACACCAAAUCCAAAGGUUUCGGAAGUUUGACCGCGAUAAACGAGAACGUUGAAGCCCGAAAAAUACAGUUCAAGAAGCGGAGCAACUCGAGCGACGGUUUGUUCCGAUUGGAAAACGUCAACCGAGUUAAUGCUUUGAAUUUCAAACUGCCACCGAUUCUCGUGCCGAUUAUAAACAAUCUUACGAACGCUAGGAUCAACGAGAAUCUCCGAAACCCUCGAAGCAACGCCCUCCUCAUCGACAGCACUGAAACAACGACCGACAGUGACCUUGAGAGCUCCGAGAGCCACGAGAGCCUCAAAACCGGCUUGAGAAAUCACUUGAUCAAAACAAACAACGUUCGCGCACUUUCGAUCGACAACGAAAAAAACGAUUUGUACAAUAUUUGCAACAGCAUGGUCGGACCGACUUUGACAUUGUUAAAAAAACUCGAAAACGAAAACCGCACUACGAACGAGAGGAAUUCCAAGUCCUUUCUCUCUCCGGAAAUACCAAGUAACAACGGGAAACGAAGCCCCGUCGGUCAAAGCUCUUUCACAGAUACAAAAUCCUUUUUUCUCACUCACGAACUGAACGAAACUGCUACAAAAAACAACCCCAAUUGCGGCAAAACCGAGUUUCACUUGUCGAGCUUCAACAACAGUAGCCUCGACAGCAACAAAUCCAUCUUUGGCGACUCGAGCAGCUCCUCAACCACCAAAGCUGACGAUCUCUACGAUUCCGAAGAUGAGAAAACCCGCAUUAGAAGCGCGCAAAUAAAGAAAAUGGUGCACUACAAGAGCAACAGAGCUGCCACCGCUCGGGCCAAACACAGAGCCGUUGCGACUCCAACGCCCCCACCGCAGCUUAUUCCGCCUAAAGAAAAAGAACAAGGUGGCGAUUACUUGGUGGAAAUAGUCGGGCGCUGUCUGAACGUCUAUGGCCAAGGAGCUCUACGUUUCAUAGACCGGCCGUGGGAGCCAACGAAAGCGACGGACGUAAACAUCGUGAAAUUCAAUUACGUUCAGUUCAACGGUAUCGCGAUGGUAUUGAGCAAGCUCAAGAGUCGUUUUCCGAACGCGGAACAUUUCAUAUUCAAAGAAACGAACAUAAGUCAUUUGGGGCAAUUGAAUGCACUUGCCGAGGUCCAGGGAUUGACCAGCAUCCAAAUCGAGCCUGAGGGAAAUCCCAUUAUUGCUAAAGAUUGGAGAACUUACACGAUUUUUCGGUUGGCCCACUGGGGCUUGAAGGUCAUCAAUGGCAGAGAGAUUAGCGAAAGGGACAUCGAGCUCGCGAACGAGGAGUAUUCUGGUCUGACUGACAUCGUCAUGUGGUCACUGCCAGAGUCCCUUUUGCAGCCACUCCUCCAGAGGCUCCAUUUGGAGAAGGCGCAAAAGUUGAACGGGGAACAAAUCACUGCCAAACAAUUUUUAUUCAGCAGCGAUCCAGCGUUGAGAAACGUCGUUGCGAAGGAGGCCUUACAAUUGCGGAGAGGAAAUGUCACGCAGGAGGAUCUCAUAUCGCGACACAAGGGAAAAGUUCAUCUGUCAAACAUGAUAGAUCAGACGAUCGACGCUGUACAGAAGCUCCAAAUACUCGAACAAGAAUGGCCGAACAUUCUUUACGAAAUAAUUCGUGAUACUCUUAUAGAUUACAACGAAAUGAAUUUGUACAUGAAAAAUUGCAGUAAGAUAUUAGAGGUUGACAAAUGAGUUGCGCAGAACGAGAGGAGAAAAAGUCCAGUGCAAUAAUCCUCGCUCUUUCUACUGCAUUUCCACUAAUACGCGUAAAACCCGUUAAUGUUUUUACUCUGAAUGAGUUUAUCACACCGUUGUUGGCUGACUGUCAUUGUUACAUUCCAUUAUUCAUGCCAAUCGAAGUACAGUAAUUAAAAAUAUGCCACGUUAUCGAG